UUUUAUUUUUUUUAUUAUAGAUGGCACAGAUUUGGAAAGUUGUGGAAUUCCAAGACCGGAGUGCAGCAGUUGUGCCGUCCAGCUGGGUGGUAGAUGUUGACGGAGAAGUGGGAUGCUACUGGCCACCCUUUGGCGGAAACAAAGCUGUGAAGGUCGCCAUGAACUGCACCCCCCCGGGACAAGGAUGGCGAUUCCAUCAAAAAAUAAGGGUGCUGGCAACCUGUGGCACCUUUGCCAAAGCAGGACGUUACCUGACCCGAUCGCUUGAGGAAGGCUGCCUUACAGCAGACCUGCAAUCGGAUGAUGAUGAUGGAUGAUGGGGCCAAGGAAAAGACGACCAAACAAAAGGUAUUUGGAGGAGGACAGCGAGGAGGAGGCAGGACCAAGCCGUAGGGGGAGGAGGCCACCAUCUAUUGACGCCACUCAGCUGGACAGCGAGUGGCAAUUCCCCUCCCUUAAUGAAGACACCCAGCCAGGCCUGUUUCUUCACAGCCAGCCAUUAACUCAUGAUUCACUGUCGUCAGAAACCCCGCCAGGCCCUUUCCUUCACAGCCAGCCACUAACCCAUGAUUCACCCCAGCCACGUCACCGCUUCCAUGCCACACCUCUGCCAUCGCAACAGGGGAACAAUCAGUUGCUGCGUGAUUCACCGUCUUCAGAAACCCCGCCAGGCCCUUUCCUUCACAGCCAGCCACUAACCCAUGCCACACCUCUGCCAUCGCAACAGGGGAACAAUCAGUUGCUGCGUGACAUGGGCAUCAGCACAGUCAUCGCUCUCCUUGGCCAGCUGAGGGAGGAAAACAGGGAGCUGAAGGGGGAAGUAGGAAGGCUGGCGCAAGAGGUCAGGGCCCUAAGGAGAGAGAUGGGGAGACAAGACACACCCCAGACAUCGCCCCUAAUCAAGCUCCCACUCUCCACCAUGGAGGAGUUUUUGGCAGCAGAGGCCCUGGUGAAGGAAGAUGCCAAACAAAAGCAGCUAAUGGUGUCUACCUUAGCCCUUUGUGGAGGAACCAACGUAGGGGUCACAGUGAGACGGAUGCUGCGUAGCCUCCUGGUCAACAGCUUGGCCAGCCAAUUUAACUGGGCUGGAAAGGGGGAAAAAACUGCGUUUAAGGACACCAAGAUCCAUGAUGUCCUGUUUGGUAGGUUAUGCAUGUGCACAAAGCUGUAAAAGAGGGUAAAAUAGUAAGCUGUCGCAAGUACUUGCACACUACUUCUAAACGUUCUUUGAUAACUCCUUCACUAACUGUAACAUUACGAUUAUAAUGACA